AUGGGCAAGCAAUGCAGCAAGGAACUGUCAGUCCACGCCCGCUCCUCUUCUGGGAGGGGGGAUACCGUCUGGGUCGCGCCGGACUCGGUCGUGAGCGAGGCGGAGAGACCCAGCGUCUCCUCCUCUGGCCAGAGGACAGCCUUCAAUGCUGGCUCGACAGAGUCUCUGGAGACCGGCAAGGCCUCGCCGGCCUCGGGGCCUGCGCCUGCACCGCGAAGGUCGUCGGUCAGCCGCUUCCUCAAGACUCUCACGUCGAGGCCUGCGGGCCAGUUCGGCGGUUCUCCGGAGGCGAGCGGCCCAACCACACGACUGUCGCUGCUUGCCGCCCGCGAGGUCUCUCCCGGACUGCACUUGCUCAAGGCCUUGGGCCCCUCGGGAUCAACUGGACCCACCGCAGAGGGGAUCGGGCCAGCGAGCCCAGGCGGCGAGAAGCCUGCGAAUGCGAGCGACGUCGUGGUGGCGCGCACGGAGAGUUUCCAGCAGCCGCCUCACUUUCUGGAGAUGAAGGAGGUGGAGGAGUUGUCUAAAACGUUCACCUUUUACGUGGAAAUCUUCGGGAUCAAAUGUCGGAACGUCUCACUCUCGUCCAGGUCUUCCCAGCAUCUCGGCUCGCGGCUCUUCUGCAGCGUGAACUGGGCGGACUUGGCUUUCUACGAAACCACGGAGGCGGUUGCGUGCGUUGCGAAUCCAAAGUGGGCUUCCAAGUACCAUUUCACCUGGAGCAUUCCGCAGCUUUCGCGGCUGCAUGAACAGAGCCUCGAGCUGAGUGUGUACGAAGAGGAAGGCUUCCCGACCCACGGGAUGUCUUCCCCGCAGGCGCAGUCUCGGCGCGUCCUGCUCGGGAGCGCCUCCGUGGACUUGCUGACCGUCGCGACGGGGCCUGUGCACCACGACUUGUUGCUUUCGCAUCCGGAGAAGGGCAAGACCGACUGUGGGCGGGUGAUGAUCGACGUGAGGAUGGCGCAGAUCUGUCCCCUGAUCAUCAAUCCGAUCGAAAUUUUGGUGAACCUCCACGAACCGACGGCCGGGCAGGCCAUCAUCGAGGAGGCUGUCUCCGACGAAGAAGACGCGGAGGGCGAGGAGCCGCGGGUCGCGCCCUUUGGGCCUCCGCGCGUCGCAGAUCCGCUGAGCUCCACGCACGACGCCGAGGGCCUCACGCGGUCCCGAGACUCGCAGCAGGAGCCUGACGAAAGCGAAGGCCUGGCGCGGGCAGGUGUGGCUGAAGGCAAGAGCCCACUGAUGAACAAGGAGCUCUGGCAGCAGCAGGAAGUCCUGAGACUGCGGGCUGCGCAGACCCCACGAGCCUCAGAGAAGCCAGACGCCCAGUUCGGGGACCCUGUCAAGACCCUCGGCUGGCUGCGGGAUGGCGGCCUCGCGGAGGAAGACGAGGACUGUUUGCGGCGAGAGGACUCGACCGCGCCGCAUGACGAGGAACCUGGCCCGCUGAUGGCGCACUGGCAGCUCUGUUUCCGCCCGACAGGUGUGAAGAAUCCGGCCGAGUACUUUAGCACGUGGACAGACAAAGUCGACCGACCGUACUGGAACACAGUCGACCACUCGCUGUUGACUGGGCGGUGCACGUCGGCGGUGAUUUCGACGCCGAGCUUUGGACGCCAGCCGAGUUCUGCAUCGAGUGCAGGGGUCCCUGUGGGCGCGGUGAAGCGCGCGAGUGAGGGCGAGGCCGCCGCGGGGGAGGAGUUGGGCGACGAGGCCGGGGUAUCUCGGCGGCCUUCUUCGGAGAUCGAGAGCGUGAGUGCAGCGUCGUCGGUGUCUCAGGCGACGCAGCCUUCGCUGGUUUCUUGCGCGUCGCGUUCCCACUGCAUGGACCGCGUGGAUCAACUAGGGACGUAUCAGAAGCUCGCGGCGCUGGCGCGGAAGGGCCGGCUCGUCAAGGAGGUGCUCUACGACGACUUCCCAACGAUCCAGCUGGUGACGACGAUUGACCAGCUGCGCCACAACCACCUGCACAUCGCCCUCUACUCGCGGUGUUUCCCGCACGACGAACCCAAGUUCAUGGGUGAGUCUUGGCUGCCCUUCUUCAAGAUCUACGACGCAGACGUCGUGGACCAGCUGGAGAAGCAUUUCUUCGACUCGUUCUUCCGCGAGAAGCUCUGGCUGGACGGCCGAUGCAUUGGAGACAUUGAAGGCAUCAUCGUGUUCCAGAACAACCCAAUGAUGCGACAGAUGUACGCCGGGGUCCACACUGAGCGCGGCUUCAUGCGCAUCUCGCCCCCGAUCCUCGGCGCGGAACAACGGACCAAGUUCCACUACCAGCGCGCCAAGAGCGUCCCACCCGAGAUCCAAAAGAUCGCCGAACUCCACAAAACGCUCCUCGACCUUCUGUUUUCGAAGGCCCAACACAGCCCUCAAGAAAUCCUCCUCAACAUGGGCGUCGGCGGACUCCUCGCCGUCGUAGGUGCCCACCGUCAGAAGCCCCAGGCUCCGGACCUCGCUCAACCGGGCAGCACGCCCACUCCUCAAAUGGUCUUCCUUUCAGACGCAAAGCGAGAGCAAGUAUCCACGGAGUUCCAGUCGGUCUGCGAGCAGCUGCUGCUUCUCCUGAGUUCGUCGGAGGCGGAGACUCGGCGCUCGUUCAUCUACCGCUCUGUGCAAGCCCUGCUGACCGCGCAGCGCGUCCUUUUAAGUCUCGCAAACCACGUUCUCGAGUACAUGGACUACGUGCUAUGGCAGCACCGCGGUCUGUACUGUUCGAUUCUCCACCAUAUCUUGCGGCGAGGCGAACUGGACAUCGGGACAGUGCUGCCGCCGCAGGGGAUCUGCUCGUCGCUGCUCCCUGGAAACCGCCUCGACCUCGCGGAAGUGUACAUUCUGUAUCGAUUCGUACGCAGGUCUUCGAAGCUCUUCACCCGGGCCUCCUUCGGCUCCGUCUCCUCUUGUGGGGAGGACGACGACGCGGUUGGCGCGGACGGCAAGGCGCUCGGCCUCGGCUCGGGGAAGCACGACGAGGGCCGGAACUUCGGACUCAUCAAGGCCGUGAGGCUUCGGAAGAGAAGAGGCGAGACCCGCGGCUCGAUCCGCAGCGACUUGGCGCUCGCGGGCAAAAGCGAUCACCUGCUGGACUCCCGCGAGGACUCGACUCGACCCCGCGCAGAGGCCGAGCCGAGCCGCGACCCCGCGGUACCCUCCAAGGAAGAAGAGAGAACGGAGCCUGUGCGCCAGGGAGGAGGAAAAGAGGAGAAGGCCGAGGAACGGACGGGAGAGGACCGAAGCGACCGCGAGGGCGAGACGGACUUGGAGGGUGAGGAGAAGCGGCCUGGCGAGGAGCCGGUCUUCAGCACACUUAGCGAGUUGCACGCAGCUGAGGAGUACUGUGUGCCGAAUUCUGUCAAGUACGCAGACCUCGACGAGGAAGAAGAAGACGAAGAAGAAGACGAGGACGGUGACCUCUUUCGGCACUUUCUGACCACGGCGGGGUCGCCGAAGGCAGGAGCCGAGGGCAUGGAGCGCAGCGAGAAGAAGCAGGGCGCGACAGCGGAGGCGGAGAGCGAGGAAACGCCUCUGCUCGAAGCUGCGCCGCGGAGAAGCGGCUCGCCGACGACGGGACAGAGUCCGCGGUCGGAGGAGCACCAGCAGCGCGUCUCGACCGUCCUGCUGUCGAGCGCGGGGGCCUCACUGCGAGCCGCGCUCGCGGAGCUCGGUCUGAAGCCCCAAGCGGGGACAGGCGACCCGUCCAGCGAGCCAGCGGGCGAGGAGCGCCGCGAGGACUUGGAGCCGGAGUCUUCGGAGACGCAGUCAACGUUGGUGUUCGCGGCGGGGGCAGGCGAAGGCGAGAAGCCGGAACUGACCGGGAAGUCUGGAAGCGGAGUUCGAGCUCUCGAGCGUGGGGUGACGGCUUCGGAUCGGCUGCGGACGCUUGCGGCUCUCGCGCGAUCCCUGCCUGCAGAGAAGAAGGACUUGGUGGUGGUGCACCACAAACACAUGAAGAUUUGCCGACAGUACUUCCUGCUGCUGCACCGGAUGCUGUUUUACGCGUUGAACAACUUCUGCACGGACGCGAUCUUUGAAGGCCAGAAGAAGUACAUCUCCGUUUUCCUGUCGAUUGCGUACUUUCGCCUGCCGGGCUUCCGGGAGGAACUCCUGGACUGUCUCCUGACGGCUGAGGAACGGGAGAUGGACAUCGAGGAGUGGCGAGGAACCGAGUACUUGCUCGACGCCCAGAGUUUGAAGAAGAUGGAGAAGUGGAACAGGCACUGCGAGUUGCGGAUCUCCCUGGACUGGAGCGCCUUCCACGCGUACGUCAAGUCGUACUUUGGGGAAACGGCGCUGGCAGAUGCACUGUCUCGGCUCCGAGACAAGACGGUCGGGGACUUGCCGCUGGAGUGGAAGGGCCAGUUUGCGCAGCGGGGCGCGCUCUUCUUCUGCUUUCUCGAGCAGUGGUGCCGCCAUGUGUUUCAGUCUUCGCCGACGCCUGAGGCGCUCACAUGGCAGCAGCUGCCUGGGUACGCAAUUCUCCUCAAGGCUUUGCUGCUGGAGAUGAAGCUGAGGCCAGUGACCAAGUACCCCGACUCGCUGCUGAACAGCAGCGGGGCGAUGUUGGCGAACGAGAAGCUGCUGUCGGUCUUCAGCAAGGUGCUUUUCCUCAAGACGUCCGUGUACAACUCGCCGGCGGUCUUUGCGGCGCUGAACUACGUCGACUACUGGAUGGAAGUUCUCAAGAUCCGCGGGCAGGAACUCCCCACGAGCUUCGACUUCAACUUUCUGAAAAAGGGCUUGGACAUCGUCGUCGCGUGCGACAUCUGCGUGAACGCGGCGAAGGCUGUGUGGUUCGUCUACAAAAACCUCCCGCUGUUCCACCGUGAGCACCUGCGCUCGAUCGUCGUCGACCUCAUGCUGCACAACUACUUCCUCCACCUCUUUCUCAACUGGUCUUGGCUCGUCCGCAAGUCCUACAUGUGGUUUUUGCUCUACCGGCUCUGCGAGGGCGCUCGGAAGAUCGUCACUCGAACAAACACUGCGACGGCCGCGAACGCCGCAGCCGUCAACGCCCUGCUUCAGACCCUGUCCGCGCCACCCAAACGGGAGGACGAGAAGUCCCGCGAGUCCGUCGCGGCGGCGAAGCCCAGCGAGAGAGCGGACGACCCCCCUGGGCCUGCAGGCCCCCAGGAGGGUGAUCCGAACGUCUUGAAGCUGCAGGCGGAGCUGGUUGCGUCGAUUCGCCUCAGUCCCGAAGAACGAAUCGUCUUCCAAGGGUACAUGGUUUUAGCGAGCUUCUUGAAGCGCCUCAACGCCCCUCUGGUCCUGCCCGGUUUCGCCACCAAACUGAUCGCACAUGUUCUCGAACUUCAGCGCCAGGGCCAAAAUCCGACGCUCCCCUCGCUCCAACCCACUGCAGGACGCCGAAAGUUCCGCUACAAUCCCACACCCGGCUGGACGCCUGACGCGCCGGCACCCGCCGACACCGCCGAGCCGACUGGCCCAGCAGCCGGCUCUGAAGGCGACACCGCUUCCCUGGCGGCGCCAUCUGGCGGACCUGACGACUUGGAGCCCAAUGCGCCGGCAACUGGAGACUCCGAUGAGGCCGCAGCCUUGCCCUCCGAGCCUGCCGGCAGCCCAGGGAAGCCGACUCAACCUCGAAAGAGCAGCGUAGACAGAACUGGAGACAGAGGAGCGCCCGCAGGAGCCUCUGGUCGCGCGGCAAGCCCAAAUGUGAACUGCUCAGGAGUCGAUUUGUCGUCAGCGGGAGGGAAUCUCGAGGAUAUCGACUUGCGGCUCUGGGCAGAAGGCCUCGUGGAGCUCCCGCGUCACCUUCAAGUGUACGCCAAGAUCGCUGUCAAGGAAUGGCAUGCAGAAGUUUCCGCGUAUCGCGAGUGGGUGAUGGCUGGCGCUAGCCCCCUCCCGGCCAUGCACAUCCCUGCGGCACCUCUCGAUUCGAACACAGAUGUCCCCCUUGACUCCUGA